UGACAGCAUUUUGUGUUCGAUUUCUAUUUCGCAAACAAUACGCAAAACGAUGGCGCUUAGCAUUUUUACUGAGAGCGAAGCGCCACGGGAUUUUCGUGUUUCAUCUACUGAGAGUGACGGCCAUUAUAAGAAAUGCCUUUUGUGCUAUACAGUGAAGAAAAACUUCUACUGCCCGGAUUGUAUACGAACUGGGAACUUCGUGCACUCUUCCAUGCCUUACUCGGACAGAUUUUCAGAAAAACAAGCAAAAUCACUUAGGUUAAAGGCAAACAGAAAACAUGUUCUUGAACGUUGUGAGAAACUAUUGGCACCAAAAAUAAAACAAGAUGCACUCUUGACAGAGGCUAAACAAUCCAGAGAUAAAAUAGAUUUACUUAGACUAGCAAUAGAACAAAGGAGAAACAAUAUAGAUGAGAAAAAGAAGGAGCUAUCAGAGUUGACAGUGUAUAACAAUGAGUUACGGUUGAAACUGCCUCGGUACCAAAAGAGGGUGACAAGUUUAGGUAAACACGUGCAUAACCAAUGUAUGGAGUUGCAGAAUAAAGUGAGCAUGUACAAUGACCAGGCGCAAGCGUUGGCAGCACUACGGAGAUCUCGGAUACGACAGCUCACUAAAUAUAUUUUUCCUGUGUAUAUGACGUAUGAUUCUAGUGAUAGCAUAGAAGACAUGGAGUUUGUAGGGGAUGACUUAGAUGAGGAACCGUUGAAGAAGGCGCAGCUGCAUAUUGUGGCGCCCUGGAUCAAUGCCGACUGCGACUUCUCCCAUCUAGAGGACUAUGUAUCCCACAAUAAGGACUCAGGCAGCGGUCCAGGCGCCGUGACGGGGCCCCCUAUCCCGCUGGUCCGUUGGGCGAACGCGCUGGGUUUGUGUGCGCAGCUGGUCGCGUUAAUCGCGUACACGCUGGAUGCACGGUUGCCGUAUGCGCUUGCACUCAAAGUGGAGGGCUGGAUGGGCGCCUCCCUGUCGGAGGCGUGGGCGGCGUGGUCCGAGGCGGCGGGCGAGGAGCCGGCCGCGGAGCCGGAGGACGAGCCGCCGGAGCAUCUGCACUGGCCCGAGCCGCAGGAGAUGGAGGAGAUGAGCAGCUCCCCGCCUGCGCCGGCGCCGUCGCUCGUGACGUCGGCCGCCGCCUCGCUCGUGUCCAUGUGGCGCGGGUGGACCAAGUGACCAUACAUUAUACUCAACAUUACGUAAUAAACUGUCAAUAUAUACCUACUACACAUCACAAGACAAAACCUGACACAUCGGAAUGGCGCAUACAGGGUGAUAGUGACACAGUAAGGUGAUUCAGCUCACGAUUCUUAUGAGUCUUUAACGACGUCGUUAUUUUUCUUAACUUUAUCGUCAUCGUAACGAUAACGUUAUCGUAAACGUUCGUUAAUAUCGUUAACGUCAUUGUUAAAUUUGUUAAAAUUAUCAUUAUCGUUAACAUCAUUAACCUCUUACCUGGAUAGACCAACCGGUAAUGCUUGUUAAAAUUUUUGUAAUUACAAUAAUUUUUAAAUAACGACUAAUCUAAUUAUUGCAUUCUAAUAAAUUAACUAGAUAACUGAUAAUGUUGUCAAUAUUCUAUCUUCAGAUACGUAUAUUAAUAUUGUUUCUGACUUAUUCUCUUACGUUAUUUCGUUAUCUUAACACUUUCACUGACAACGUCUAUAGCCAAUGUCCCGAUCCUAUAAAUGAGGUCAAUGACUUGUGAUCGACAUCCGUGAGUGUUAAAAUAAAAUAUGAUACAAUCAGUGCCCGUUUCUUGCCACUAAAGUUUUCGCACUACUCCGAUCCGAGUCCGCCAAAUUACCGUAGAACUAUUUGUACGGUAGCUUACGAACUACAUCCGUCAUCUAUCCGAUAUAUCAAAUUUUCUACUGUCUAUUCUCGGACUUGGAUCGGAUAAGAAUCGAGGGCCUUAUUUUUGAAUCACUCACCUUUAAAUUCGAGUUCGAAAUAUAUGCCCAUUGUCGCGUACCAUACGUAAUCAUGUAAGAUCACGAAUUAUCUGAAUUCUGAAUCACACUGUUAUUUCUUUUGUGAUCUUGGGGGUUAAAAUGGUCACAUCGAAGCAAUUCUUCUAAGAAAGCAAUAUUGCAAUUUGACAUUAGCGCAUAUAAAAGUAUGUGCGCAAUGCAAACAAAUGUCAAAUAGCAAUAUUGCUUUCUUAGAUGAAUUGUUUCUGAAUAUUGUCUGUUUUCCGUUCUCUGCUCUUAAUGCACUUUCAUUUGUUCUCUGAAAAUUAUUUAGUUUUUUCGUAAUGACAGCCCGCCUUAAGCAUCAACUUUGUUAUUGAAAAGUAAAUUGAUUUAAAAUAAAAGCGAGAACUGAUUACAGUUCAAGACACCCAUUUUACGUAGCACAUCAGAACUUGUCAUUUGCAAGAUGAGACAGGUAUAUAUUUUCCCACGCGAGUUGAAGGCGAGUGAUUCAAAAAUAAGGCCCCGGAUGUAGAGCCAAAACAUUAACGCUAAGAGAACAGGGGGGUUAAAAAGGCCACAUCAAAGAAAUUAAUCUAAAAAAGCAAUAUUGCAAUUUGACAUUUGCGCAUAUAAAAGUGAUUGCGCAAUGCACACAAAUGUCAAAUAGCAAUUUUGCUUUUUUAGAUGAAUUGCUUCGAUGUGGCGUUUUUAAUCCCCCUGAAGUUAAUAGACGGACUGUACAGCUGUUAUAGACCGAGUGAAGUCCGAAUCAGGAAUCAUCUUUGUCGUUCUGUAGUAGGUAUUAUAUUGUGCACUUUUUUUAAUAUUUGUGUAUAUCGGUGAAAUUAUAGAAGGGAGUUGCCAAGCGCACACGGGUUACGUGCUGAAUCUGCCUAAGAUAGAUAGAUAAAAUACUUUAUUGAGCACAAUGGACACAAAAUACAGAACCAAAGCCUAAGUACAUGAGCGAUCGUUCGUAUUUUGUUACUUGUGUGACUUCUGAUUUCGUAUGCGUUUAUAGACGUUAUUCUUUUCCCUUUAGUGGUAGAAGUCCGGUUGCCUGAACUAGCGCAACUUUUUAGUUCGGUUGGUUCGGUUAGUAAGAAGCACCAAAUUUGAUACUUAUCAAGAAGUAAACCGGACUCGUAACCGGACUUCUGAAGGUUCUUUUCUAACGAGUGUGCGGCAGUGAGGAGAUAUUGUGUGAUGUAUAUGUAAAUGUAUACCUCACUUCCCCCGGUGGCAGAAAAAUGUAUUGUAAUUUGUACAGCUAUUCCAAAGCCAACUCCCGUCUAUAAUUUUCUCGGAGUCUGUGAUUAUAAAAUAAUGUUCCCAAGUACGAAGUAUUAUGCGAGUUGUGUUCGAAUCGCAAUCAUACGCGUUUUAUCUUAUGCGCGUGAUUUUCAUUUCUUUUUUAAUAAAUAAAUUAGUUUUGUAUGAAUAA